UAUCAAUGUCCCAAAUAAGUGGCUAUUUUGUGUAAAGAUCCCGGAGCACCAAAACGACAUCGUAUAUAGGCAGAACUGGUGUCCUUUUUGCUGGGGGAAGAAAGAGAGUUACGUCGCCGGCGUUGUGCCCUACUUGCCUGCUAAGAAAUUCUGCUCCGGCGAAGUUGGAGAGAAGAAUAUAGAGAGAUGGAACAACUGACUGAAGAAGAGAAAAAGGCACUUCGCGGAAGCAAAUUCGCACCGCUCCCUUCUGCUCCAUCUUCUUCUCGUUCUCAACCCAGGCUGGCUCAUCCAGGAGGACCAAUGAAGACUAACAAGGCAGCAGCUUUAGCCAAAUUCUUUGAGAGGAAAUUGCAAGACCCCAAUGGCUUGGCCUCUCUUGACCCCCGUCUCAUUGAAGUCGCCGUCAAAAAUGCUAAACACACUGUUCAAUCCAGUGGGACAUCAAGUACAGGAAGAACUGUUCAUCAAGUACAUCAAGGAUCUGCUGAAGAAGAAGAAGAUAUAAAAAUAUCCAUCUCAAAGAAAAGUAAGAAAAACAAGAAGAGGAAGAAGUUGAAGAAGGAGAAACAGCACAAGAAACUAGAGGAGUUUUCAAAUGGAAAGGCGAAAAAACCUAAAAAGCAGCUGAAACUAUGAUCUACAUGGGCUUUCAAACUUUGAUGUUGUUAGAUUAUUGGAGCUUUAAAUAGAUAGAUGGCAUGAUAAGAGCCAGUAACUUCCUACUACUUUGAGAUUUUACAGUUUCAGAUGCUAACUGCACAUUCCAUCGUCAAUCUUGGUCUUCUCAAAUUGAGUUAGUAUUCUUUGCUUUGCCAGCUGUGCAAUUAUUUCAUUUUUGUAUCAUUUUACUGUGUGCUCUGAGAUCUUGGAGAGAGUCAGAAGCUUCAAUAACAUUCAUAGUUGGAAGGAAAUAUUUCUUGA